GUUGUAUUGACGAAGCAAAUUCAUUUUCCUUUCAGUAGUAGCAGUCGGAGAUAAGCCGUGAACAUGUCUGACAGAUGUGGAGGAAGUGUUGCUAAAGACAGCAGGACAGACACAGACAGAGCGGCAUGUACGGAGAACCUAACAGAGACUGAUGCCUUCAUCAGAAGCUCUUUAGCUUUGGAUCCUGCAGAGGAGUACAAGAUGGACAACAAGCGACGAGGCCUCGCACUCAUCUUUAACCAGGAGCGUUUCUUCUGGCGCAUGGGGUUGAAUGACAGGCAUGGAACCAAUGCUGACCGUUACAACUUGGAGAGAAGACUGGCAGAGCUAAACUUCGAAGUGAGGGCUUAUGAUAACUACAAACAGGUGGAAGUCUUAGACAAAAUCAGUGAAGCCGCAGAAGAAGACCAUUCAGGCGCAGACUGCUUUCUGCUCGUAUUCCUGAGCCACGGUGAGAAUGAUCACGUUUACACCUACGAUGGAAAGAUCAGCAUUCAGGAUAUCACAUCGCUGUUCAAAGGAGACAAGUGCAACAGCCUUGUGGGAAAACCAAAGAUCUUUAUAUUACAGGCAUGCCGCGGAGACAAGCAUGACAAUCCAGUGACUGCCUGUGAUGCUGUGGACAGUGAGCUGAAGACAAAUCAGGUGGUGGUGGACGCCAGCGCCGUACACACCCUCCCCGCUGGUGCUGAUUUCAUCAUGUGCUACUCUGUGGCUGAAGGUUACUAUUCCCACCGCGAGACCAUAAACGGUUCCUGGUAUGUCCAGGAUCUGUGUGAGCUGCUUCGGCAUUAUGGGGACUCCCUUGAAUUCACAGAAUUACUCACGCUGGUCAACAGGAAAGUGUCGAUGAGGAGUGUUGGGAACAGUAAUGACCGGAGUGCCAUUGGGAAGAAGCAAGUACCUUGCUUUGCUUCAAUGCUCACCAAGAAACUCUACUUUCGACCAAAGAAGCAGUAGUUUCAAACCUGAGUCAUAAAAAUCAGCUGGUUUCAUAUUAAUGACAUUUUUUUUAGUCUUCUACUGUAUGUUGAUUAUGAACACUAUUAUUCACAUAUGCAAUGGACAAUCAUUAAAUUGGCAGCCUUAGUAUUCACAGUACUAAAAUAGCAGUAAUAAUAAGAGCAAAAGAUAUCUUGGCUGGGUAAGACCUGGUUUAUGAAGAAUCAAGGCAGGUAAUGUAUCUCUGGCAGCAAGUAGAGGAAAAGGAUCUGAUUACAGACCAGCUGCUACGAAACAGGUUACGACAUCUGAUUACUGGUUUCUCACAAUAAUCUGGGUUAUUGUGUGAAUGCACACAUAGUAGACAUUACAAGGCAAUCUAAUACAACAGCCCUGCAGUAAUUCAAAGUUAGACCAGUAUAUUGGAGGGCCUAUAUUCGCUCAUCACGGCUACAUGUAUGCAUUAACAGAUACUGGUAAGCAGGUAAAAGCAUUUCACAUGUCUUAUAGACUGUCUGUUGGUCAUAAUAGUCAGAACAGCGCAGAGUUUACAGAGUACUGUAGGUGGGCCACAAACAAAACUAACAUAAAGAAAGUUGAUAUACAAGCCUGUAACUUGAAUUUUUUUCUGAUUUGCAAUAGAAAUCUUAACUCAAAAUCAAGGUUGAUUUUUGAGGCAAUAAUGUUGCAUUGAAUUGCAUUGGGUUUUCAGGUGUUCCUGUUAUGUUGUCCACUCCCGAUAGACCAUAACACAUUUUGCACUUUCAAGAAAUUGAUUUUAAAACUGCAGAAUAAUUAUGGACCACAUUUUUCUCUACUUGUCUUUGCCCUUUGUCACAUUUUUGCUUUCUUGUUUAAUCAGAUUUAAACUACUAUGGUACCACACGUUACCCUACCCCACAGCUGACUUUUUUUUCUUAACAAACCAGAAUGACAGUAGAAACCUCUGGUGGUCUUUUUUAACUAAACAUAGUCUAUUAGGAAACUGGAAAUGUAAGGUGAAUCUGGUUUUCUUGACUGUAAAGUCAGUUGCAGGAAUGUCUACAAGCUAGACAAAUACUUUCCAGCUUACUGUAUCUUGCGAGGCGGGUAACACAACACCACAACAAUCAGGUACUUCUAAUGAUUUCCUUUACAUCAGGGUUUAAUACUUAAUCAUGUCUCUGUAAGCACCAAUGAUCAAGUAAUAUCUCUCAUAACAGAUCAUCCAGGCACCACAUAAACCUGCUGUUUGUCUUCAAGCUUGCUCCAUCAAAAAGGGAAUUCAUGUUUGUGCUGUUCUUCGUGUUGUAGCAGUUUACAGUACUACAUUUUAAUAAUGCGUAUUUGCACCCAAAAUGGCAACAAACACCAGUGUGGGAAGUACCUCAGGGAGGAAGGGUGUUUUUUUUUAAAGCUGUACUGUGGACAGAAAACACUUCUGUGUCACAUGAUCUACAACUCAGGAAAAACAAAUCUACCAGCAGACAUUGAUCCUGUGUUUUUGUGGCCUUACUGUUGUGACUUUGUAUAAUAAAAUCUGUGUGACAUAUCA